AUAUAAUUUAUCCUUUUACGAGCACUCCUUUCAAACCAAAAUUGUUUCGACCUUUGCUUCAACAAAAAAAAAAAAAAAAAAAACUUCUUCAAAAAACAACUACAAAAUAAUUAAGAAUUAUAUAACCAGAUUAGUGGCAAUAAUCAGUAAAUAUUAUUCUAAUUUUUAUAUUAUCUUAAAAAUUAGAGAAGCAAAAUCAUAUUAAGCAGAAGAUAAAAGAAAUCAAAGAUAAUUGAAGUGAGGAGUGAGGACCCAAAUUUCAUCACUUUCUCCUCCAAAUUUCAACCCAAAAUCACUCACUACACUCUUCUCUUCUCUUGCUGGUACUGGUGAGUUUCCAAAAAUCUACUCUUUUUCUGGAUAAUGUUUUAAUUUCUAAUCAUUUUCUAUAUUUACACCAAAAAAAAUUCGCAAAAAGGUGAAAUUUUUAUAGCAAUGUCACACCUGGUUCUCCACUAUCCACCGCUCUCACCCUCUCAAUAUCGCCGUCAUACUCCGUCAUCACCACCAUCGUCAUCUUCGUCAUUAUCGUUAUCCUUAAGUUUAACGGCGUGGAGUAAACCCACGAAUCAUGGGGUUCGUCUCAGUUCGCGGUCUUUAUUAACGAUAAGGUGUAUGGCUAAGCCGAGGAGAGUGGCAAUGGUGGCUAAGCAGAUAAGAAGGGAACUCUCUGAUAUGCUUCUCACUGAUACCACUUUACAAUACGCAAUUUUACCUGAAGCUGCUUUGGGAGCUGACCGUUAUCUCUCUUCUCUUACCACCAUUAGUGAUGUUGAAGUUUCAUCUGACUUGCAGGUGGUUAAAGUUUAUGUAUCUGUUUUUGGGGAUGAAAGAGGGAAGGAGGUUGCUCUUGCUGGGCUAAAGUCGAAAGCCAAAUAUGUUCGUGGUGAGUUGGGAAGGCGUAUGAAGUUGCGAUUGACUCCCGAAAUUCGUUUCAUAGAAGAUGAGUCUUUAGAAAGAGGAAGCAGGGUGAUAGCAAUUUUAGAUAAGAUAAAAAAUGAAAAGAAUACUGCACAAAGUGAAGAUGAUGAGGAAAUUGAAUCAUCUGAUGCUCCUGAAGAUGGCAGAGAUUGGGAGAGUGAUGAUCCUGAUGAAGAUAUUAUUUACAUAAAGUAGUUUCUUUUUCAACUCCGAUUUACUCGUUUUGCUUGUUGAAUUGAGGUGUAGCUCUGCUUGUUACAGGUUAGUUGUAUUUCUAAAAAUCACAAUGAUGUUACAACUACAAGCUUGUUAUUUUUCAUUUGUCGUCUAUAGAUUCGGUUAUUUACUUUUCGCGCUACCUUUUUCUCUAGAAAUAGAUUGUGAAAAGGAAACAACUGAGAGCCUUAUCAUGGUUUUUGGAUCACCAUAAAUAUGUAUUUGUUUUAACUUUGUUGUAUAUUUUUAUAUUACUUUUAGUACACAAAUAUUUAUACUUGGAUAAAAAAAAGGAAGUAUUUGUCCUGAAA